AUCGACAGGGAGUAGUGAACUAGGGUACUCGGAAGCUGGGCUAGUAUUGAGGAAGAAAAGCUCAAUCCUACACUCUGUCAACUGGCAGCGUAUAUUGGAGGAGGUCAGUUGGCAAUGACAGUAGUAGCUUUCAUUUGAACUUAUUAGUGUUCUAGUUUGAGAGUUUUUCAUUACUUCCUGGUUUGUUAAAUGAUUACUGUUAGCUUUGAUUCAAUGCGAUAUGGUGGUUCUAUUUGACAUGGGUUGAGUGGAUUUUUCAAGAUCAUCUGUGGCUCAAAGUUUAGGUAGUGCCUAUCUUUGUAGUCUGUCUGUUUAGUUAAUAGUAUCUACUGUUUUUUUUUUUAAUGUCUGUUCUGUUUCCCCCUAAACCUUAUUUGAUUUUUCCUUUUGUUCUUAGUUUAAGGUGACUUUGUUCAUCUCAAUUUUAUCGUUCUGAGGUAAUGUCAACUAAUUAUUUGUGUCUAGCUUCUGGCCCCAUUCACUUUCUAAUAGAGGUCCAUUUCUCCCUGUCUUUUCCUUUAAUAAUAAGAACAGGGACAUUUUAUAAAAGACAGACGUUGCAAUACUGCAAUGGCCAUUUUUGCUUUAGACUCUUUGUUCAACUGGGCUCUGACUGGUACCCCCUUUAGAACCGUGUUGGAGAGCUUUACUCUUUGGUGAGUUGAUACUUUUUUCAAAUUUAACAUUGAUAAUCCUUUCAAGCUAUAUACAACUUAAUGUUACUGCAUUUCUUGAUCUCAGGUGCGGUUCCUCCAUAUUGUACCAUAUUCAUAUUACUUCUGUAAGGACUGUGAUUGCAGAACUCUUGAUGAUGGGUAUGGCUUGUGACUUGAUGAUGUUUGACAAUUCCGUACUUAGUUCUUUGAUUUUCUGAGUUAACUAUACCCUGGCACUGCAAUAAUUUUGUUAUUCUCCUUUCACUUAUGAUGUAGAUAUACUGCCUUGAAUUGAAUCGUAUACCAUGUCACAUUAUUUUCCAUCACUGGAAAUGGUGCUGGUUUUGUAAACCGAUAAGACAUCCACACUUAACUUUCAUCUUCUUUGCAGGUCAUCAAGUCAAUGCUCUAGUUGUGCUCACAGUUCUGUGAGGCAUUUCUGUUGGUGGAAUAGGGUGAGUUUUACAUAUUUAUUUGCUCAGUAUUGUCAUAUUUUCUAUCCCCCUACCCUAACUUGUGCUUGUUUUUUUCUUUUCUUCGUUAGAACAUUUCUAACCCAAUACAAUCCUAUGGAAUCUUGAUAAUGGGAGGAGAGCUAUGGUAUUGCUGAAACAUAACGUUCUGAAGAACAUAGUGCUAAGGCGAACCAAAAAAGGCCGAGCUGCUGAUCUGGCACUUCUGCCAAGAAUCGUAAGUUUCUCUUUGAUGGGGUUAACUUCACCUCUUCUCUUGCCAAGAUUUAAAAAUUAUAAAAUAUAUAUCAUUUGUUGUCACUGCUUUCUAUGUUAAAUUGAGGCGAGAUACCCAGGAUGUUAAGGAAGAAGACUAUUAUGAAUCGUUAUACAAUGAGAGUCGGGCACAGUUUAAUCCAUAUGUUUGAUUCUGUUUUUGUUUUCCUGCUUUCUUGGAAUGCAAUUUCCUUUUCUUUUUAUGGUUCCAUCCUACUGGAUAUAAUUGUUGUGGCGAAUACAAAUAGUAAUAGUUCUUGGUUAACUUCUGUCACAGAUAUAUCCAGGCUGGAAUUGUGAUGAAUAACUACGCGCAUAUAUUCGACCUCCUCACUCUCUUUCGCCAGGUAAUUUGCUGUCCUAGGUUAUUAUUAGUUCACUCGAUUAUCUUAUGUUACCAAAAUGAUUAAAUUUUGUUGCCGUAUCUUGGUUACUAAUUCUUGGAAUCCCUGUGCAAACUACAGGCAGUUUGAUCAUCCAUAUCUUGUGGUAUACUCCACAACGGCAACACAGAAAUGCAAACGCACGGGAUACUAAUGAUACUGAACAAGUUUGUGAAAUUUGUCACGAUUUGGCAGAAGAUCCCAUGGUCAGCUCCUGCGAACACAUCUUCUGCAAGGCAUGCUUGCUCGAUUUCUCGGCGUCCUUGGGGCAAGUCUCCUGUCCUAACUGCUCUAAACCACUUACUGCGGACUUCAGCACAAAGGCUGAUGGUGGUGAAUCUCAGCUCCGAAAAAUUACCUCCGUCAAGGGUUUCAGAUCAAGUAGUAUUCUCAACAGAAUACAUUUGAACGAUUUCCAGACCAGCACAAAGAUAGAGGCUUUGGGGGAAGAAAUUAGAGAUAUGGUUGAUAGGGACGGUUCAGCGAAAGGAAUUGUUUUCAGCCAGUUCACUUCAUAUUUGGAUCUCAUUCACUACUCCCUCAUCAAGUCGGGGGUGAUUUACUGAGGAUCCAGACUGCAAGAUUUUCCUCAUGAGUCUGAAAGGUGGAGGCGUUGCCCUCAAUCUAACAGUAGCAUCCAAUGUAAGUGGCUUCUAUUCUAGCCCGAGCCACCUCCUAAACAGCUUUGGACACAUUUGUUUGCAGCUCUCUAUUGUCUUCAAUGUUUGUGUUAGUUCAUGGCUGAUUGUUGUUGAUUGGAAACGUGUAGGUUUUCUUGAGGGACCCUUGGCGGAAUCCAUCCGUGGAGCUGCAGGCACAGGAUAGAAUCCACCGCAUUUGGACAGUACUACCCUAUCAGGAUUGUGAGAUUUAUAAUUGAUAAUACAGUUGAGGAGAGGAUUCUGAAGGUGCAAGAGAAGAAGGAAUUGGUCUUCGAGGGGUGAGAAUUUUCCAAUUUCUUCCGCUCUAUUCAUUACUUGGCUUGCACUCCACGCUUCCUCCCAUUAUGAUUACCUCCCCUUGCAAAUGCUUUGCUUGACGGCGUCUUUUAUUCGCAGGACCGUGGGUGGUUCGUCGGAAGCCCUUGGGAAGUUGACAGACGCAGAUUUAAUGUUUCUGUUCCUAAACUAACUCUGCGCAUUGAAAGACUAACAGGGAAUCAACUAAGAUGUAGGGGGUGUCCCGGGACACCCCUAAAAUUUGGGGAAACGAUUAUUCAACCUCCGGUAGUAGUUUCAUAUGGGUAUACAAAAUAUAGUUGGUAAUCCGGG